AUGCCAAAAUCUUUAAGUAUAUAUUUUGAAAGUGCCACACAACAUUUUUCACAGGUUUUGGCAACUUUGGCUGUUUCUUUAGGACCUUUUGCUGCAGGCCUUGGUAAAGGUUAUAGUUCUCCAGCUCUUGCUUCAUUGGAAGAACAACAACUACAACCUCACAACACUUCGACUUUUGUCGUGUCACCUCAACAAGCAUCUUGGAUAGCUAGUUUGUCUUUGUUCGGGGCUUUGUUUGGGGGUUUAUUAGGAGGAAUGGCUAUGCAAUUCGGUAGAAAAAAAAUUAUUUUAGGUGCUUCCCUUCCGUUUUCUCUAUCUUGGCUCAUGACUGUGUUUGCAACGAGUGUUGAAAUUAUGUACUUUGCCGCAUUUGUUGGAGGUUUCUGUUGCGCGAUCGUGCUCUUGGUAUCACAGGUAUAUAUUAGCGAAAUAUCUGCACCAGAUAUCAGAGGCGGAUUGAGUGCGGUCCUUAAAAUUGUCGGUCACACGGGAACACUUGUGAGUUUUGCUUUCGGAGCUUAUUUAAAUUGGAGAGAACUUGCUUUAUUGGUAUCGGCUGCUCCGAUUAUGUUAUUUGCAGUUGCAUUUUACAUACCGGAAACUCCUAGUUUUUUAGUGCUCGCUGGUAAAGAUGACGAAGCAAAAGAGUCUUUGCAAUGGCUUCGCGGUCCAAACGUUGAUAUUUGUAAAGAACUAGCCACCAUUCACGCAAACGUAUUGACAAGAGCUCAACGGAACAGCACCAGGAGAUCGAACAUAAAAAAUAUAAGCAUUCAACUUUCGAAACCGAUUUUUAUAACUUGCGGUUUGAUGUUUUUCCAAAGAUUUUCCGGCGUGAAUUCAUUUAAUUUUUACGCCGUCACGAUUUUUCGAAAAACGUUCGGUGGCAUGAAUCCACACGGCGGUGCGAUAUCAGUCGGUUUUGUUCAAUUACUUGGAUCUAUGCUUUCUGGCCUUUUAAUUGAUGUUGUCGGUCGUUUACCUUUACUCAUAGCAAGCAGUGUUUUUAUGUCUAUGGCUUUAGCCGGCUUCGGUUCUUAUUCGUAUUAUCAAGAUGUUCGAAAAGAAAACAAUUAUAAUUUUUCCGAGUCUUACGCUGCUCAGUGCGAUUGGAUUCCUCUUCUCUGCGUAUUGGUAUUCACAGUAGCAUUUUCAUUGGGGAUCAGUCCAAUAUCCUGGCUCUUGAUAGCAGAACUAUUUCCGUUAGAAUAUCGAGGAUUCGGAAGUGCUAUAGCUUCGUCUUUCAGUUAUUUCUGUGCAUUUAUUGGAGUGAAAACAUUUGUGGAUUUUCAACAACUCUUCGGCCUUCACGGAGCGUUUUGGUUUUACAGUGCCAUAUCAAUCAUCGGAUUAUGGUUCGUCAUAUGCUUCAUACCGGAAACAAAAGGUUGCAAUUUAGAAGAAAUGAAUCAGGCAUCUUUUCCUACCUAG